AUGAAGUCCAAGCAGCCGAAAUGGAAAAAGUUCCAUUGCCCACCCAUGUCAAGCUCUCGCAAGGAGCAGAUCGCCCACGAAGCCAACCGCGCGUGUGACGAGCUGCUUCGUUUCUCUGCCGGCGAAGCCUUCACCCAGCGUGCAAAAAGCGUGGACUCCAGCUAUAACAGCGACGAGGCCGGGGACCAGUUCCAGGACGGUCUCAAAUGGGAGUACACGGAGCAGAUGGAGAGUAUCCGCGUGGAGAAGGUCAAGAUCAAGUCCGGGUCGAAGAAGGGUGACGACGGCGUGUACUACUUUCGAGGGAUCACGCAGGUAGAAGCCAGCGUCGAGGAGGUCAUGGAAUUGUACGAUGUCGACAUGGCUCAUCCUAAUAUGCAGCUGGAGAAGAAACUCUCGCCAGACAUUCUACACUCGGUGAUACUCUAUGAGAUUCAGCCCUAUCGACGGGAGGAGUGUACAGUGUUCAUCGGUAUCCGCUGGUCGGCGGUACGUUCGCCCUACGUCAUGGUGCGCAAUCGAGACUACUGCUACCUGGAGAUCCAGCGUCGGUUCGCUCUACCAGAUGGUCGACGAGGCUUUACUCGGUGUCUGCAUUCCGUCAAAAUCAAGAGCUGUCCAGAUAUGGAAAAGUCGCACGGGUUUGUACGAGGUAGUAUGUACCGCUCGGGCAUCGUGUUCAUCGAGAGUAAACGCGACCGGAAGACGCUGGAUAUCGUGCAAGCUGUGUACACAGACCUCAAAGGGAAUGUACCACAAUGGGUUGCAGCCAAAGGACUGCGACAACGACUCAUGAGCUUGGAGCAUUUGAAAAAGUAUAUCAAUAUGAAGCGUCUGGCAAAUCAGACGUUUGCGCGUCGGAGCCAAUUGAUGGCCCCUGGUCAGGUCAAGACGUGCUUUGUCUGUGUCGACGACAUUGGCACUUUCAAGAGGAGAUACAACUGUCAAAAAUGUGGCGAGGUGAUUUGCGGUCGAUGCAAGUUGAUCAUUAACGCAGAUAUCCCAGUCGUGGGCAAGAUGAAGCUCACGAUAUGUAGCUUGUGCUCGCUGGCCAUAAAUCGCAGCGCGCUGCCAAGUAACCAGAACAACGCUGAUAGUGCAGACUUAGAUUACCGGCCCUUUUCAGCGAGACAGCUGCCAACUUCUCAGCACUAUGACUGCGACGACCAGUUGCCUGAGCGCAAGCGUGCGCUAAGUCUGAACUCGUUCCACACGGCCAACUUCGAGCAUACCUCGCUGCAAAGUUCAGUGUUGGUUCGGGAGUUCUAG